UUACAUCAUUACAGAACAGUCUCUAUUUCUACCUAUUGUUCUCCAUUACUUGACUUUACCUAACAUUACAUAAUAUUAGGCGCCCUCUUGUGGCGGUUAUUGGAACUGUUGCUGUAAGCUGUCUGCUUGCCUAGAUGCUCUUCUCCCCAAUGAUUUUUACUUCUCAGCUGAUAUUAAGCAGCAUCAGUCUCUGCCUUAUGUCUCUGGUACACAGUCUGCUCACAGAAUACAAAGCCCUUCCUGCCUGUGUGAGCUUUCCCUCCUACCUGCUCAGCAGGCUGCACUGUGACUUGCCUCCCCUUCUCUCUCUCUGCUCACACCUCUGUCUCUGCCUCCUUGACUUCUUCUUCUGGCUGAGGGCAAUGACUCUUCUGUCCGCAGCUCAUCCCUUCGCAGCGCAAUUUUAUCAAUGGACUGCAAGUCGUGCAACUGCCACUUGUGCAACUGGUCAAUUCUUGGACUCUAUCGGGAUGGGGGCUCAUCGCGUGCUGUGAAUGGGUGACUUGCAGCAUCCCGAAGGCUACAGGUCACAAGAGCUGAAAAAUGCCGAUGGACAAAAAUGUUUCGGUGCUCUUCAACUUCUCCGUAGCCUCCUCGUUAAUGAGACAGGAUGGGAAUCGGAGCCUGGAAAUUGCACCCCAGCAGGUGGUGGUUGGGCUAUUACUGACGGUGAUCGAUUUGGUCACCUUCCUGGGGAACACCGUGGUUUUUAUCUGCCCUGCGGUGGAGAAGAGACUGAGAACUGUAACAUAUAUGUUCAUUAUGUCGCUUGCAAUGGCUGACCUCCUGGUGGCUUGUUUGGUGAUGCCUUUUAGUAUAAUCUAUGAGGUGACCGGGAUGUGGCUAUUUGGAAAGCAGUUCUGUAAAGUCUGGAUCUCAUUUGACGUCCUGUUCUGUACAGCGUCGAUCGUCACCCUUUGCUUCAUCAGUCUGGACAGAUACUGUUCGGUGGUCACUCCCUACCAUUAUUCCAAGAGGAUGUCACGUCGCAGGUGCAUCAUCAUGACAGUAACAAUAUGGGUAUAUUCUUCACUGAUAUCCUUCCUUCCUGUCAUGCAAGGCUGGAAUGAGAUCCCUGGGAUUGACUUUGACAAUGCAAAGGAGUGCAUCUUCGUGACCAACUGGACCUUUGCAAUCGUCGCCUCCUCCUUGGCCUUCUACAUUCCCUUCAUGAUCAUGUGCAGCAUGUAUUUCUUUAUCUACAGAGCUUCCAGGUUAAAAGCCACCCGUAUUGUGUCUCAGACACUGGACCUCCAUUACCACCCAAAUAGCAAGCGCCAAAAUAACUUGCAACUGGAGAAUAAAGCCACUAGGACCAUGAGUAUAAUUAUCUCAGUAUUUGUCAUGUGCUGGCUUCCGUACUUUGUCCUGAAUGUUUGGAUUGCGGCAAGUGGUAGCAGUUCCACUAACACAGUCAUGGUGAAUGCCUUUAAGUACAUUACAUGGCUGGGAUAUUGUAAUUCCACCAUCAACCCCAUGCUGUACGCUUUCCUCAAUCGUGACUUCCAGAGAGCCCUCAAAAAGCUACUCAUUUGUAGGCGUUGGAGGACUCAGGUGGACAUCGGAGAUGACAUGGUCUCCAUAGUAACCUUUUCUAAAACUGCUCAAGAUCCAGAAUACAACAUUAAGUUGCCAAUAUCUAACUGUGUCUUGAAGAACAAACAAGCCAUUAAAUGCCCUCCUACAGCACAGUGCUAACCAGAUAAUUUUUAUACUUGCGAUGUUUCUUUUGUUGGACUUAACCAGGUGAUUGUCCCUUGGUAAGAGUUGUGAGUUGAAAUAUGGACUCCUAAGAUCCAGAAACUAUGGGUGGUACAAAAAUGUAUUACGAUAAUUGUAUUUUAUUUUUUAUUUAUAAUAGGGACAAGGCCCACAUGGCUAUUACGAUAAUUUUAAUUUCUGUUUAAAACAUUUUAUAUUUUUCAGAAACUAGACAGUAAAAAUACUGUAUUUAUUGGCGUA